AUGUACACACAGCUCUCGAUGAUUGACAUUACUCCUAGCAACUUGCCUCAGUAUGUCAAGGCUCGCAUAGGUGACCAGAAGUUCAAUGAUGACCCGGAACAACUCAGCUUCCUGCCCGAUUAUCCCGGUCUAGCAGCCUUUCUCGAUAAAUACAGGAAGGCCGACACGGCCGAUCUUGACGAGAACAAAUCCGCGAGCACAGAAUCUGGGUGUCCCAGAUACGUAUCUCUUGGUGUAAACGGGCAUUAUUACCUCCGAACAAACCGCCGUCAUGCUUGGGAUCUCCCCGAAGAGCUCAUGAGCCAGCCAUGGUAUUCGGAAAACAAAGUGAAAGCUGUUUGGCUGGGAAUGAAAGACGCAUGGGUGGCUCAGCUAAAAAAUGGUGAGCGGAGGUAUAACCUUCAAGGCCAGUAUUCUGGCAAUUCGGGCAAACUUGAAGAAAAUAUCGAGCGCGGCUUUGGGCGGAAGCGGCCUGGACAGAGGAUCAAGGCCAUGGCUCUGAACCUGACCAAUCCAGACUCAUUUGCUUGUGUCUGGGGAAAUGGGGGCAUCAUUUAUAACGAUGCUAGUGAAUUUGACGGCUUCAUCUUUGAGGAAUUCGCUACAAAAAACUUUGGGACGAAAUUUGAUUGA